UUCAACCUUAACGGCCAUCCUCCUUAUAACGCGUCGAGGGCGACGGCGAGUACCCUCUGAGACGGCGACGCCGACGAGAAACUCCUCAAUUACAUUUCAAUCUUUUCCUAUACAAAACGCAAGUUAGGCUUCAAUAUGGCUGGAAAACCCAACAAGCUCGCCUUCCUGUCUAUGCCUGCGCCGGCGUCCUAUGUCGCUGGUCUUGGACGAGGUGCUUCUGGCUUUACGACACGAUCUGAUAUUGGUCCAGCACGGGAGGGUCCCAGUGCUGAGGUUAUUGCUGAAGCCCAAGCCCGGCGUGGCGAAGAAGCAGAAGUGGAUCCGGACCAAUUCCAGGAUCCUGACAAUGAAUACGGUCUCUUUGCUGGUACGACAUACGAAGCGGACGACGAGGAAGCAGAUCGGAUCUACGAAAAGGUGGACGAAGCGAUGGAUGCAAGGAGGAAAGCUCGGAGGGAAGCGCAGGAGCAGCUCGAAGUGGCAAAACAUCGCGCAGAACGUCCCAAGAUACAAGCUCAGUUUGCUGAUUUGAAACGCGGACUAACGGCUGUGACUGAUGCCGAGUGGGAGGGCAUACCAGAAGUUGGCAACUUGACGCGCAAGAAACGGAAAACCGAGGGGAGGACGUACGUCGUUCCGGACAGUAUAUUAGUCGGAGACAGAGAGCGAGGCGGGAUAGGGAACGUAGUCCAAGAUGGACAGGAGACUCCUGCGAAUGCAGGUACUCUGACGAACUUUGUGGAAAUUGGUCAGGCGAGAGAUAAGAUAUUAUCACUCAAGCUGGAUCAGAUAUCUGGUACUGCCACUUCCCUCGGCGCUUCUGGAACGUCCACUUCCAUCGACCCCAAAGGCUACCUCACCUCUCUCGACAGCGUACAGUUGAAGUCUUCUGCAGAAAUCGGCGACAUCAAGCGUGCGCGCAUGCUUUUCGAUUCGCUAGUAAAGUCGAAUCCAAAACAUGCUCCUGGGUGGAUCGCUGCAGCAUGUUUAGAGGAACAUGCUGGCCGAAUGGUUGCUGCGAGAAAACUUAUUCGUGAAGGAUGCGAACGCUGUCCUGGUAGUGAAGACGUAUGGUUGGAGGCAGCGAGACUACAUAGCAAUGACGAUGCCAAGGUGAUACUAGCCAAUGCCGUGCAACAUGUAGGUCAGAGCGUCAAGAUUUGGCUCGCUGCGGCGGAUUUAGAAGGAGACGUUAAAGCGAAGAAGAGGGUGCUGAGAAAAGCCCUUGAACAUAUCCCAAACUCCGUUCGGUUAUGGAAGGAAACUGUCAACUUGGAGACCUCAGCCACAGAUGCCCGGACCUUGCUUUCCCGUGCCGUUGAAGUAAUCCCGCUUUCGGUGGAGCUUUGGCUCGCCUUGGCUCGCAUCGAGACACCUGAUAAGGCAAAAGCAGUUCUGAAUAAAGCACGUAAAGCGAUCCCGACGUCUCACGAGAUAUGGAUUGCCGCUGGACGCUUGCUGGAGCAGGAAGCGGGUAAAAACGAGGAUCCCGAGAAAAAGAAAAAGGAGAUGAAUGCUGUGGACAAGACGAUUGAGGCUGGCGUACGCGAGUUGCGGCGCCAUCAGGUUUUGCUUACGCGAGAGCAGUGGCUGAAAGAGGCCGAACGAUGCGAGAGUGAGGGGUCGGUACGAACCUGCGAGGCGAUUGUAAAAGCUACGGUUGGCAUGGAGCUCGAAGACGAGGACCGGCUGGAUACAUGGAUUGGAGAUGCCGAGUCUGCUGAAGGCCGGGGAAUGGUCGGGACGGCUCGAGCUAUUUUGGCGUAUGCUCUGAAGGUGUACCCGGAUAGACGGGCACUAUGGCAGCGUGCAGCAGACUUGGAAAAGACCCAUGGCACCAGAGAGGGAUUGGACGAGUUGCUCGGACGUGCCGUGGAGUGUUGCCCGCAAGCCGAGGUUUUGUGGUUGAUGGCUGCCAAGGAGAAGUGGCUGGCUGGAGAUGUUCCCGGAGCGAGAGGCGUCCUCGAGAGAGCGUUCAUUGCCAAUCAGGAGAGCGAGCAGAUUUGGCUUGCAGCUGUUAAACUCGAAGCAGAGAAUGGCGAGACGGGUGUAGCGAGACAGUUGUUGGUCCGUGCGAGAGAUGUCGCGGAUACUCAAAGGAUUUGGAUGAAAUCCGCUGUGUUUGAGCGACAGCAAGGACAGAUCGACGAAGCGCUCAAGGCUCUGUCCGCCGCUCUCAAAAAGUUUCCCAAGUUUGCAAAAUUGUACAUGGUACAGGGACAGAUAUACGAAGACCGGAACGACAUCCCCUCCGCACGCGCGUCAUAUUCUGCAGGGCUCAAAUCUUGUCCCAAGGAACCUACGCUCUGGAUGCUAGCGAGUCGGCUGGAAGAGAAAGACGGUAAAAGUAUCAAGGCUCGCGCACUUUUGGAGAAGGCGAGACAAGUCAAUCCCGGGAAUGAGUGGCUAUGGUUGGAAUCCAUAGGGGUGGAAGAGCGGUCUGGUGGCGGAGCCGGACAGGUUCUUGCUCGGGCUCUGCAGGAUUGUCCAACGAGCGGAGUCCUCUGGUCCAAAAGCAUUUGGAGCGAGCCAAGACCGAUGAGGAAAGCUCGUUCGGCUGAUGCGCUGAAGAAAACGGGUGGUGGAGAAGGCGGUGGUAGCGCCAUCGUUAUCUGUACAGUUGCGAGGCUGUUUUGGGCAGAGAGGAAGGUGGAGAAGGCUCGGCAGUGGUUUGGGAGGGCUGUUGGUGUAGAUGGGGAUCUUGGGGAUUUGUGGGGGUGGUGGUUGAGGUUUGAGAGACAGCAUGGGGUGGAGGAGCAGAGGGAGGAGGUGAGGGCGAGGUGUGUGCAGGCGGAGCCGCAUCAUGGGCUUGUCUGGCCAGCGGUUGGUAAGGAUUUGAGGAAUGUGAGGAAGGGAACCAGGGAAAUAUUAGAGAUGGUUGCUGAUAAGCUGGAAGAGUAGCGUGAGUAUGUGGUGUUAUUUUUAUUUUUCCUUUGAUCUGUAUUU